AUGACCCUGCCCAUCAUCCCGACUCAACCUGGCUCCCAGAUCGAAAGUAUCCAAGCUACCAAAACUGCACCGAUCGAUCUCGAAUCUUCGGCUUCUUCCUCCGAUUCUGAUACUAAUACCGAUCUUAGCUUGGAUGAUGACGUCGAUUUCGACCAUCCUCUACGCCCUGAACAAGCGGUCCUUGUGGAUCGUGAUAAUGAACUCAGUCGACUCAAAUUAAUCCUUGGAGAUAUACAUAGUGGCUUUUAUUCACAAGACUCCAUUGAGGAAGCUGAUGCUAGAGCUGUCAUCUCGGCUAUCAAACAUGACGUUCUACAUGGUCUUCAUCUCGCUUUUUCGAGCCUUUGGCCAAUGGAAGCCGUUUCGGAACAACAAUAUGCUUGGAAAUUGGCCGAACAGUUUGGCGCUCGUUGUUACACUCACUUGUCACCAAAAGUCACUCAUCUAAUCGCAGCGAAGUUGGGUACAUCGAAGGUCAACUUAGCAUUAAGUCGACCCAAUGUAUCAAUAGUCCGUCCGAAAUGGCUAUACGAUGCAGCAUUACUAUGGACGCGGCCAUCAGAGGCUGGAUAUUCAUGGCGAGGCGGGACAGAGAGGGUUGUAGGUAGCACGACGGAGAGAUUGGAAGGCGUGGGUAUGGAGGAGGAGGAGGAGGGGGUAGGGGUGGAGGAUGAGGGAAUACAAGAAGAGUGGGGGAUGGCGGCGGCGGAUUGGAAGGAAGCGACGGCUGAGGUGAUGGCUGCAUUGGAUGAAACGGAUGAUGAUGAGGAAGAGAGUGUGGACGGCCAUCGAUCGUCUGAGUCUGAUGAACCUGGUCGGGGUCGGAAACGCACUCGGACUAGCUCUAGUCUUCCUUCUCCUACCCGCUCUCGGUCCGGUGAUCGUCUACUCCUAGAACCUAAGAGCGACUCUGAUCAAGUGACUGAUGAGGUCGAUUCACCACUCUCGAAACGCAAACGAAUCGCUCGCUCUAGAUCUUCUAAACUUAAACUCGUCGUCCCUCUCAUUGAAGAUCAUCCUCAACCUUCUUCUUCCUCUUCCCCUCCUCAUCAUACCAAUCCUCAAUCUCACCCGCUCUCUCAUCCUACUACUUCAGCUUCGUCUUCUUCUUCCGCUUCGACUUCUCUUGAUCGUGAUCAUCAAUUCCCUGCUCUUCAUUCUCGCUCCAAUUCGAAAUCUGAUCAGCUUCUUCUGGUCGAUCAACUUAGUGCUGAAGAUGACGAAUUCUUGUCCGCUUUGGCCGCUGAAAUGGAAGGUAAUAUGAAUAAUUAA